AACUCUCACAACUCACAAAAAUAGCAUUAAAAGCCAUUUAACUGGUAGAAGGCUGCGCACUUUCUCCAAGUAAUUACCCUCCAUUAUCACCCAUUCAUCAUCAUCAUUAUCAUCAUCAUUCGUAUAUAUAUUGCCAACUUCUUUCUCUUCGUAUCCCUCAUCACUCACUCACUAAUCAAUCACUAUAUUCCUCGCUUCAUCAAUUCUCUCCCUCAUCAUCAUCUUCAUGGCUUCUUGCAACUUCUUCAACCCUCAACAAAUAGAUGAUCCUUUCCCACUUCCCCCCCAAUUUUCCUUAUAUGAUUAUGAUUAUUAUUCUUUCUGUGGAAACACUAACGAAUAUCCACCACUGGGAUGUUGGGCACACGAGUUGGAGUGUUACCCUUCACUUCCUUUUUAUGAAACUCUUUCCAUCGAGCCAAUUUCAACUAUUAAAGACUGUGACUUUUAUGAUAUCAAGAAAGGGUUUUCUGUCUGGAACGAAGUGGAUGUCGGCUUUGAUUGUUCGGAAAAAAUUUCAUCAUCAUCAUCAUCACUUUCCAACAAUAACAAUGAAGAAAAUAAGAGCAUCCGGAGGGUUAUGAAUAAACGAGUUUGUAGAGAAGAGAGAAGUAGCAACAGUACGAAAAUGUUAUCUAGGAAGAUGAUAUCGGAGUAUUUCUACAUGCCAAUAACUCAAGCAGCGAAGGAACUUGAUGUGGGCUUAACUCUUUUAAAGAAGAGAUGCAGAGAGUUAGGGAUUCGAAGGUGGCCCCAUCGGAAACUUAUGAGCCUUCAAACCCUCAUCACUAAUGUUCAGGAGCUAGGGAAGGAAGAGGGGAGAGAGAGUGAAGAGAAGCUAAGGAAUGCAAUUGAGAUAUUGGAGAAGGAAAAGAAGCUUCUGGAAGAAAUGCCUGAUAUGCAACUUGAGGACAAUACCAAAAGGCUUAGGCAAGCAUGCUUCAAGGCUAAUUACAAGAAGAGGAAGCUCAUGAUGGGUUGUACUUCUUCAAAUUCAUCCGUGGAAUCUUCGUCUUCAUCAUCAUAUCAUAUUAUUGGACAUAAUGCAUUAAGAACAGCUAGUCAGAGUAACACAAUGGGUGGUGUUGAAUUUAUUAGCUUUGAUGAUGAUGAAGAUCAAGAACGAGACAUCAAAUCUGUGUUGUCUUUGCCUUCUUUGUCCCACAACAUUCAAAUGUGUUCUAGCUAUAUGUUUAAUCACCCAAGUGGUGAAUGAUCAAUUGGAGAGUGGUGGUAUGUUGUUUUGUUUUGUUUUGUUUUGUUUUUUUUUCUUUUUGGCCCUUUGUAAAGGUGGUGUUCUCGCAUUUGGUUUGAGUGAAGCACUUUUGUUUUUCAUUCUUCGUCUUUCAAGUUAGAAUGAAUUAAGU